AUAUGAAAGUGACAGGGAAUCCCUUUGCGUGCAAUUUAGAGGAAGGUCGAGGGAAGCCUCAUGACUGUUAUUAAAAUAGUUCACCUACAAAAACAUUCAUUAAAUUUCACAAAGAAGGGCAAAAAAUCAUCUUUUUGAAGAGGACAGGGACAAUUGUUUUCGUAGAAAAACACAGACCAGAAAACCUGUUUGAAAAAAGUUCUCCAAGAAGAGUUCGCCAUGGAUAGCAGCAAGGUGAUGGAUCCACUCCUCCACCCACCAAGCUAUUCAUCUCUGAACGACUUCUGUUACGACAUUUUAGCUCUCAAAGAGCUGGCACGCCAGGGCUCAUGGCGGACAAUCCUGGAUAAGGUUACACAGGCGCGCAAGCUUUGUCUCCUGCAGAAGCCCCACGAGCAUCUGAUAUACAUGGCCUACAAUGUGCUCGCUAACGCCAAGCUCAGAAGAUAUGGAGAAGCUGCCGAUGAAUUGGACACCCUCGGAAACUUUGAGGAUCCUAAGUACAGGUACGAAUCCCAUGGCUCUUUUUAUCAGGGUAUGUGUGGUUCCAUGAUUCCUUUUUCGUUGAGGUGGCUGCACGCUGAGAUGCCCCACAGGCUCGCUAGCAGGCAGGAAACUAUAGAUCGUUUAUAUGGGUUGCUUGAAUUUGUUGAAAAUAAGAUCACUGCAAUAGAAUUUAAGAUAAAAACGGAUAAGCAUUUGGUCGGAUUGUCAAACGAUAGGCCAGGCUCAGAAACCGUAGAAGAAGUCACCGAAGUCCUAGAAAAAGGUGUUGAAACCCUAGAAACCCUAGGAAGAGGAACCGAAACCAUAGAAAAGGGAUCUGAAAUUCUGGAAACUGUGCAGAAAUGCAAUUCAUCUUCCGUGCCUUUCCCCUUUACAUCCUCAACUGCAGAGAAGGAGGGGGCCGUAGUAGUGAAUCCAGUGGGGAUAAAAGAGGGUGUGUCUCCUGGGGCCUUGGAUUUUGUUCCUAGUUCUCCAAUUCAGCAGGCGGGUUUGGUUUCGGGUGGUUUGGAUUUUGUUGGUGCUACAUCAAUUCAGCAGCAACUGAAUGGCAGCGAAGUUGUUUCUGUGUUUGAGUCACUCAAAUUGGACGAGCCCAGCCAUGUGGAUGUUGGUGCUGGGAAUCUGACAGAUGGGCUGCCUGUGGGACACGAUAGCGGUCAUAGUUUUCGUGAUCAUCAUUCGAAUAGUUUUGAUGAGGAUUUUGGUGACUUUGUGUCUGGCAUGGCAUCCACAGGGUCUACAACUCAAGUUCAGUUAAAAUUUUCAGCUCUGGCAACAAGUCUCAGACGGUGGCAGCGGAGAGAAGAGCUUGUUGUAAACUCAAUUCUGAGGCAUCAUCUUAGUCAGAAAGAUUACGUGACAAGCAUGAAGUGGCUCGAGAGGCUGCUCAAGACAAAGCCAUUGGAUCCCUUCUUGCUCUCAAGGGUUGGUUAUCUUCAGCUGCAGCUGGGUGAUUUGAAUGGUGCAAGGACUAUUUUUUCUAGAAUUGAGGCUAUUGUGGACAAAGGUCAGGUGCCAUUUUCAUCAAGCCCAGAAGUGCUUAAAAAUAUGAUACACCGUAACAAAGCUCUUCAGUAUUUGGUCGAAAAGGAUUAUACAGCAGCGGUCAGAGAGUAUGAAGAAGUGUUGGAUCGAGAUCCAGGUGAUGUUGUUGCCACUAAUAACAAGGCUCUCUGUUUGAUGUAUUCUAGGGAUUUGCUUGGAUCCAUUAAAGUGCUAGAGAAUGCACUUGAGAGGGUGCCUGUUCUUACAUUGAAUGAGAAUGUUGUGUUAAAUAUUUGUAGUAUGUAUGAAUUGGCAUUUGUGAACAAUAUUGAGACCAAGAGAACUCUUAGUUCUUGGAUUGUGCAAAUUGCUCCAGAGGAUUUUGAUUUGUCUUGUACACGACUCUAGGAGAUUAAUUCAAUUUUUUUGAUCAA